GUAGUUAUGUAGGUACUAUCUGGAGUUACUCUAUAUAGAUUAAUUAUCGCCAGAUUGUUUUCUGAUCAAAAAAUCGAUUACAGUUACAAUGGCAGGUAGAGGACGAGGACGUGGGGGUAGCGGUCUAUCAUUAACUACUGAGCAAAUACAAGCCUUAGGUGUGACACGCGGCGACACUGCUCCUCCAACACUUGUGCCGCCACCACUGUUUCCAAAACUUGAGAAAAAACCACUACCUCUUAUAUGUGAUGCCGCCACUGACUAUAUGCUCAUUGUCAAAGAUCAGUUCAUUGAAUAUCUACACGAAUCACCGGCAUUUGUUAAAGUCAAAACAGAGACUGACGGUGUAGAGCGAUAUUCUGAUAAGUACAAAAUGUUAGCACUUGAUGCGAAGCAGAAUAAGUUAUUGGAUUGCGUGUGGGUUAACAUGCCUACCGAAUUACGGCCUCAAGCAAAACGUCCGCGUACUGUUCCGAGGAAAAGAAAACUCGAUGAUCCCGAAGAGAUAGCAAAGAGAUUACAAACGCUUGAAAAAAAAGAGACUCUGGAAACAGAUGAGGGGAUAGACGGCAAAAAAAAAGAAUUAAACAACGAAAACGUAGAUGAAGAAGAGGAGCUGGAAGAUGAACAUGAGCAAGAAUAUGAACUAGAUGAUGGUACUGACUAUGCAAAUAACUAUUUUGAUAACGGGGAAGAUUAUGAAGAAGAAGAUGACAAUUUGGAUGAUGGACCUGUUUACUAGGAAUACAUAAAAAUUUAUAUUACACAGUUGAAACUGAUUGAUCUUGCAUAUUAAAAAUAAUUACAAUUAACUGUUAAUCAAAUAGUUUUCACUUUUAGUUUUUACUCUCAAAUAUUCUUUAUUAGCAAUUUGAAAAACAGUCCCACCUGGUAGAACUCUUUAAAAAUAAUAAAUAAAUGAAUAUUUCAGCAAAAGAAGUUUACUACUUAAGUAACUGCUACAUCAUAUUUAAACGAAAU